CGCAGUGCCCAAAGUACAGCCUCACAGAAUUGAUUGUCUAGGCCACAACUAAUAUUUUUUUUCUUCUGCUUUGAAAGGUUAUGGUAUACCAGUGAUGCCCCACUUUCAGCCAAAUCCCUACAUGGAGCCACCUGGCUUUGUUGUCCCCCAUACCCAUUUCCAUUUGACGGACUACCGACGCAUGCUCAACCCUCAGUAUUACCAGACCAUGGCCUACCACUCCCGCAGGUUCCGCUACCAGCACAACAACCAGACCAGAGAAAUGACCAGCUCUGAGAUGCAAACAGAGCCACUGUCUGCAACCCAGUGGACCAGCACUCCAGGUUCCAAUGAAGUUGGGGCCUCCAGUGGCCUCCCAGUCCCCAGCAGCGACAGCAGCCCCACUGUCCUCACCGGUCAGCCGCUCUUACCAGCCUUGGCUGUGCAGAACGGGGAUAAUUCUCUGGAGCUUAAGGACACAGUGCCCACUUCCACCACCAGGAUGCCACCAAAUGGCAGCUUUGUGAUUCAGACAGAGGAGGUGAGGAUUGAGUGCUGCACCACACCAGUGGGACUGCAACUCCUGCACGCUCAUGAGACUGCAGAAGUAUCCCACAGCUUUUCCCAAGACGUCGUCCAGUGCAGUAGCUCUGUCCUCCAGGGUCGUGUGCUGCAGGAUGAGGGACAGUGCCUUCCUGCAGACCAGUCAGAGCAGGCACUCCAAGCUUGUCCUGACAUCCUGUUAGUGGGGACGCCAAGCAGUGGUGAGAAGAUCCCUGCUCUGGAGGAGUCCAGGAACCAGAUGGACCCUGUGACUGCUGCCUCUGAUCACAUUGGUUCCAGAGUGGCAGCUCACAGUGACGUUCAGGAGGCGAGCAGUGAGAAGGAUCUGAACACAUCAUCCAAGAAUCUUCAUGUGAAAGUCGUUCGUCUGCCCUUCGACCCCAAGUACCUCGAUGAGCUGUGGAAGAUGGAGUCCACUGUUUGGUCAGUGGAGGAAACUGUGAUUCCCUCCCCUGACUCGCUGAUCCAAAAUGGCCACACAGAGUCUCAUGAUGAAACACUGGUUGGUGAAGCUGAAGUGCCCUCAGCAGAUGUACUGACGGUGAGAGAGGAGGCUGCUGUAGAAGAGGUUGUCCCCAUGACUGAGAUGCCUCCUCUGGCAGAGGAUGAACUGGAGGACAUAGUUCCCACUGUGGAAGAGGGUUCUACAGUUGAGAUGGUGUCUGAAAUUGAUAUGUGCACCGUGAUGGAUGUUCCUGUUUCAGAGUACGCUCCUAUGACUGAGCUGACCCACACAGAAGAGGUGGCUCUUGCACCCAACUUGCCGUUGUUGGAUAAUUCACCUCUUAAGGCAGAAAAAAACCAACAUAGACGAGAAACAAACGUCCAAGAUCACCAAGACACUUCAUUUGAAUCAUUGCCCGCCUACCUCCCUUCAACCAGCUGGCUUGCUGAUUUUGAUAGUGUGUACUGCAGCAAGAUGCCACCAACUCCCAAGAAGCACAACAGACCUCAGAGCAGCCGUGUGUUAGAUGUGCCAACCAGAAGAAGAAAACUAGAUCUAGACUACAAAGAACAACCUACCGUCCGCAAGCCAAAAGAAAGGUACAAACCCAAAGGGAAGGUGGAUCGGAGAAGCCUCUCUGACCAUGAAUGCUGUCUUAACAGAAAUCUCAAUGAGAAUGCAUUCACCCCCUGUGCAUCCAGGAGGGAGCGACUUUGCUCCAGAUGUCUGGCAAAAAGCAGUAUCUGCACGCCUGUCAGUCCAGGACUCGACGGUCACUCCAUAAAAAGAAAAGCUGUUCCUUUCCAACAGUGGAGUGACUUACCAACAUGUGAAGCCUGUAAAUUUCACUCCAAGAAACAUCUGAUGAGAAAAGGCUCCGGUCCUGAUGUCCGUGGCCCUCAUCACGGACACAACAGUGAGGGGGAAUCUUCUGAGAAUGGCGCAUGUCGCUGGAGGUCGUCUGAUCAUCUGAGGAAGCACAACAAGAGACCACUAGCUUCCAAGCAAAAUGUGGAGAAAUGUCCUGCAGCGAUGUACCCAAAGCUGAGGGAAAGGAACUGUGUGUGCAAUGAGCCACAGCAUCAGACUGUCGUAUGGGAGAAGCUGCGCCACUGUCCCCAUGGCAACGCCAUCCGAGAGAUGGACGAGAACUGUGCCGUGCCAGUUUCCCUCCAGGACAAAUGGAGGACAAUGGAUCAGAUUUACCUGACACACAGAUGGCGAACAGAGAGGUCACAGAAAGCAGUGAUUCCUAACCCUGACAGUGACAGCGCCAAGAAUGAAGCCAGAUCACCACAUUUUAAAAAACACAAGAAAUCACAACCACAGUCACAAGGAACUCAUAGAAAAGACACAAGAUGCUAAUUUGCACAAGAGCACAAUUCAACAAAGUGAAAAACACACUUUUUUAAACAAUGUGCACUUUAUUUAAAUUAUUUUCAC